GUUCAGAUGCUUGCUGGCCCACAUGCUUACAACCUUUCUCGAUUAUUAUUCAGGCACCUUUCUUCUUCAUCUUCUUGUCUUACGAUUUAAUUUGUACAACUAGAAGUUUCUAGCCGCAGGCUAUCUUGUUCUAUAGCAGGCAACAUACAAAUCAUGGUGAGACCAUUUCCAUCGUCCUGCAGUGUCCGUCGAGUGCCGUCCGAGAGCUCCACGGAGACUCCGACGCUGUCUACGUGCAGUGAAGGGAAUAGUGAAGGGAAGGACGAAUCAGGUCGCAUUUCUGAAGAAGACGAUACCUCCACUGAUUCACCAGCACGCAACCGAGAUCAAGACCAAAAGGACGAGCACCUUCUUCCUUCUGACAAUCAGGAAUCCACAUCUAGUACUUCUGUACCCGAAGUAGGUGGUGCUAUUUGUCACUCUUUUAUUUCCUCUUCUAGUAGUACAAAACAGGUUGUGGAUCAUGAUCAACAGACGAACCGACCGCCAAAGAAGAGCUAUCACCUUUUUUGGAGUGAGGGUUUCGCGAGCAAGUGUUUUGGCUGGACCGCGGGUCAUGGUAGUUUAUUAUGCCUCUAUCACACCAUGAAGCACUCGAGGAGUAGGGCGAACACAACGACACUCGGAGGUGCGGAGCUACCGUGCUUGCUUUGCGACAAUGUGAUGACUCAAAAAGUACUGGGCGUGGGGGAGCCAAAUACGGAGUCAGCGUCCGGCAGCGGACUGAGGAGCCUCUUCGUGCUAGGCGAGACUUGUUAGCGUAAACCAGAAGACAAAUUACAGGAAGUGAAAUUUUGUAGAAGGAGCAUCUUCUAAGUAUCUAUUGAAAAACCAAUAAACUUUUCUUUACUCAAGGUCUCACUUAGACUUACUAGCAUAUUAUGAGAAACAAGUGUCAUCAUGUGCUUGUGCCUUAUCAUCGGCUUCAGAUGGUCAUGGUCUACUUCUUCCACUUCUUCCUGAUGAUUUUUGAAAUAUAAGUAGCACUAGAGGAAAAGGGGAAGUAGAUGAAGAAGGUUCUAAUAUCCCUUGCUACCAUGAGUGGCAGUUGUUGCGCAAUCCAGCUUGGGCUGAACCUCUUCAGUUUCGUUAUGGCUUCCUAAAUACAUAGUGCAUGUCAAUCGCAUCAAGGGUAAGGGAGGACUAGUUUAAGAUUCUUGUUUUCUUCUUUCAACAACAAGUUCCAUACCUCAACAGCGUUGUAAAAAAUCUACUUGCAACCUGACAGCAGUGGGUGUUUUUACCGAUCUUGAUCUUCCAUUAGUAGUGCGAAGAUCAUGAUGAACAAAUGAUCUGGAUCUUGUUAAUUUUCAUUUUCAGCUACUUAAACAAUAUUGUGUCGUCUAACUUUCGUUGCGCGGGAUUCAACACUGUGCUCGGACCUUGGCGGCCCUUCCUGCUUAGCUUGACGGCGACGUCGCAAGCCGCUAUGUGGCUCAACCUGCUCAAGGAUGUCACGGGGACAACCGAGACUCCCAUACUCUUAUGACAUAGUUCUAGUGUGAAUCACAGUCACGAAAUUACUUAUGGUUUUCAGAUGCCGAAUCAGUAGUUUCGGUCACGAAUUAGGAAAAGUAGCAGUUUCGGUUGCGCUUAGUUGAUAGAGAUAAUCAUGAUCUUCAUACAUAUUUAUAUUACUCCUCCGUUACCGUUUUCCUUUUCGACGAGAGUCCAUCUAUCUAGUUCAUUGUCAUCUUUUAUUUGGACGUCUUCUACAUAGUACAACGUCUUCGUGCCAUCAUCUAAUAUUUGUGGAAGGAAUUGAGUCCUCCUCGAGGAUCAUCACAACUACUGGUAGUGCGACCACCAGUAGUGCGACUACGCGAAUACUUUCAGCAGCGCUGACCACAGCGAUUUCAACCUGUCUUGCCUUAUUGCCUGAGCUCCUCUACCUCUGGGACCACAGGAAGAGUUCGAAAGCGGAAUCUCUACUCCUAUGUCAAGAUGACCUUGUAGGAAGCAAGCCGGCGAGGACUGAGCAGAGUGCAUCCAACCUUGUGACAGACGUUGGACAGACAUCGGAGCAGACAUUGCGACUGCGCGUUGAGGGGAUGGGUUGCGUGGCUUGCGUCAAUGCUGUCACAAACGCGGUGAAUAAGCAAGGCAGCUUGACGUUAUGGGUCUACUAAGUACUUGAUUCUGUACUCCUGACGGCUGACAACAGAUAGUCGUCAUUACAGAUUCUACUAGUUUACUCAUGAUUACAGAAUCAUAAUUGCGCACAAGGGCAAGUGUUGCUAUCAUGCUGAUUUAGAAAUCAUGUUGAAGACCAUCGUGUGUGCACCAGUAGUUGAACCUCCUAAGUACGUGGGACUAACAAGAACAAACAGAAUAGAUGCCUACGAUAAUUGAUGUGGUGCGAGGAAAAAUAACAUGAUUAAGAUCAAUAUUUUAGGAAAUUAUAAGUAUAACUCUGUACAAGUAGCUAUAAAAGCUUCUAUGAUAGAAACUCUCUUCGUCUUCUAAUCGCGAGUUUCCGAGUGUCCACUGUGGACGUGCGGCUCGAAGAGGGAGAAGUUCGCGUCGGGUACUUGCGCUUGUCUCGUGCUCCUCCAACUGCAGCUGGAGGAACACUGAACGACGGCAGUAAAAAUGAUGUAACCAGGCCCCCGCGUGUGAAAGUGAAUGACGGGGGGAGUGACUACAAGAAUACAAGUAGAAGUAGUUGCGAUCGCACGACAGAAGAAGACUUUUUUACAAUACAAGCAGAAGACCUUACAACGUCCAUGCAAAUGCAACGCGAGGAGCGAGUUUUCUGGCAUAAGGUUUGCGAUGCUGUCCGUAGUGCGGGCUUUGAAGCCAGCAUCAUGCCUGGAGGUGAACAACAGGCAGGGAGAACAUGCUGAGUAGUUGUGAACCAGAACUGCUAUUCAUACUUCAGCUUGUACAUUGAUAAACAAGGUGUAGGUGAGUCUUCGAGUCGGUAUGUGUCAGGAGCGGGGGAGGCACGAACUGCGGGAUCAUUUAUUUCGAUAAGCUAACCCAACCUGAACUCAAUUCCUCCUGCAAGAACCUUCCUCCUUAUCCGUCCCUCGUACAAUAACAGAGAGGACACUAACACUUCUUGAUGGAAUUACCGAUGUGUCUUGUACAGCACUACUAGACGCGUUGUACCACUUGUGGGUCGGCGUCGGUCUUGUCGUAUUUUUCGAUUGGUUUUUUUUAUCCCCACGGUUUGUUAUGGUUAACAAGACUUCGAAGCCUUGCACCCCUCUGCUUCAAAAACUACGCAGCAAUAUCAUGUUUCGUCAUCCAUGAACAUGAAAAUUUGUAAUUUAGCGGAAUUCGUCGUGUCG